AUGGCCAUUGAAGCAAUCUUUGGCCUUUCCUUCGUCUUCUUCUUCACUCGUAAUUCUUUCUUUUUGCAUGCAGAUUCUGAAGCAACCACAUUCACCAUCACAAACAACUGCCCUUACACUAUAUGGCCAGCAACCCUAACAGGCAGCGGCAAUCAAUUGUCCUCAACUGGCUUUGAGUUACCCUCUAAAGCAUCAUUAAACCUAAUCCCCACUCCACCAUGGAGUGGUCGAUUCUGGGUUCGUACUGGUUGCACUGCAGACUCUACUGGCAAGUUCAGUUGUGCUACAGGCGACUGCGCUUCGGGCCAAGUCCAAUGUAAUGGUGCCGGCGGAAACCCACCUGCCUCUCUUGCAGAGUUUUAUAUAGCACCCGAUAGUGGAAAAGAUUUUUACGAUAUUAGUCUUGUUGACGGCUUUAACUUGCCCAUUUCGAUAACCCCACAAGGAGGCACUGGCUCUGUGGAGUGUCAGAGCACCGGUUGUUCGGCAAAUGUGAAUACUGUUUGUCCACAGGAACUUGCAGUUAAUGGAGAAGGUGGAGUUAUUGGUUGCAAGAGUGCAUGUGUAGCAUUAGGUCAACCGCAAUAUUGUUGCACCAGUGAGUAUGGUACGCCGGAAAAAUGUCCACCAACGAGUUAUUCUCUGAUUUUCAAGAACCAGUGUCCUCAGGCAUACAGUUAUCCUUAUGAUGAUAAGACUAGCACGUUUACAUGUAGCGGUGGAGCUAAUUAUCUCAUCACAUUUUGUCCAUAUUAUUCCGGGAGUGGAAAAAAUACUAGUAACAGUAACCCUGAAAAUAGGAACCCUGAGAAUAGGAAAAGUGCUGGCCAUAGUCGCUUUUUAGAUUCUUUUUAUUUGUUAAACCAAGGCGUAGUGACAUAUGAAUUGAGCUUGAUCCACGGGCAUAACUUGGGCGUCCGGGUUGAACCGCAUGGUGGGAUAUUGUCGGGUGGUGGAACCAAACCAUGCCCGACUGUGGACUGUGUUAAGGACAUUGGUAGUGUUUGUCCAGCUCCUCUUAUGGCCAAAAAUGAAAAUGGUGUCUACGUUGGAUGUUAUAAUCCAUGUGAUGUCUUAAAUGAUCCAAAAUGUUGUCAAGAAAAUGAAUAUUCGAACCAGUUUAUGUCCUUUAGCUCUUACUUACCCUGGGGAUAA